AUGCACUGGGCCACGGGUGACGUGACGCUUCCAGAUUCGCCUAUCGAAUAUCCGGAAGCUGAACGUAAUAAUUUUUCCAGGCUGACGGUCGCCUCACCGCCUGUCCGCCGCCGUGUGAAAGACGGAACUGCUCUCUGUUUCAGUUUUCACUUGUGUUCUUGUGAAAAGAUGGAGGUAAAAGCAAAAAUCUACGAGGAAAACGACGAAGAGGAUGUGAAAUGGUUGAAGCAUUACUGUUCGAUGCACCAGAUAUUGCUCGUUGGCGAAGGAGAUUUCUCCUUCUCUCUCUCCCUCGCCAAUGCUUUUGGGUCUGCUAUCAACAUAGUCGCCACUUCGCACGACGCCUAUGAUAUUUUGUUGAAAAAGUAUAGUAAAGCUCAAUCCAAUGUGGAGGAACUUAAGAAGAUGGGAGCAUCAAUUGUUCAUGGCGUUGAUGCAACAAAAAUGAAAUUCCAUGCUGGUUUAAGGACUAGAAGAUUUGAUAGGAUAGUAUUUAAUUUCCCCCACGCUGGCUUCAAGGGUAAAGAAGAUCAUCCGCAGCUGAUCAAAUUGCACAGGCAGCUUGUGCGGGGUUUUUUCAGAAACGCAGGCCACAUGCUCCGGCCUUAUGGCGAAGUUCAUGUCAGUCACAAGACCGCCGCACCAUUUUCUCACUGGAACCUCGAAGAACUUGCCGCCGAGAACUCACUUGUUCUUGUUGAAUCUGCCAAUUUCUGUAUUGAAGAUUAUCCUGGCUACAAUAACAAGAGAGGAGAUGGAUCCAGGAGCGAUAUACCUUUCCCUCUAGGAAAGUGCUCCACCUUCAAGUUCAUAAUUGGACACAUCCACAAAACAAAGAAUCCUUUAACAAAGAUUGAUUUACUGCCUUCACAGCCUUCUAUAAUCCCUGUAGCGGACAAUCGCAUUGUAUAUGGAAACAUACCUAUCGAUCAUCUCCAUCGACCAGUCAACUAUGAGAGGAUACCCAGAAGCAUUAAUGGUUUGGCACAUAGAGAUACUACUAAUCUAUGGCCAUUUUCUAGCUUUAACAGUUUAGGCUUGAGGAUUCAGGGCACUAAUGAUUUUGAAUUUAGAGAGAAGGCUCCAUUACCACUGUGUAGGGUUAACAAUUUCAGCUUGGGUAUGGUUGAACUACAGUUAUCAACUUUUCCUGGAGUUUCCCUACGAAGUAGCUUUCCUCUAAUUAGUAGCUACAAUACAGAUCUAUUAGAAGCACAAAGAAGGAUUUCAUUAGGCCAUAAUUAUUUGAGGCAUUAUGAAGAGCUUCAUAGCAGGGGAGUUUCAAUUCUGGAAUGCAGGAGAAUGUUCCAGCGGCAACCCGGGUGGGGGUGGGAUGAAGAAACUCGCCGGAGAGAGCUGUUUCUUUGUCAUGGAAUAUGAGUCAGAUGCUGUUGUUGCAAUGGUGGAUACCUUGCAAAGCUGACUGGUAUUUUGAUUCUCCUAAUUUCCCCUGGUAAUCUGGAGUUGUUUUGUGGCAUAGUUAACUUUUUUUUGGACUCUUAAUAUCUGGUGCAGAUAUGCUGGGUUAUAAUAGGAUGCUUAGCCUGAGGAAAGUGUAGUA